UAAACAGAUGUGUCGGCUGCGUGUGACAGGCACUAAUCCCUGCCCGUGGAACUGGCCCAUUCCCAGUCUGUGAGAACCUUUCCCACCUCCAAACGUCUUCACCUCCCAUGGACCCACCGUUAUCAUGCCCACGUGGUUCUGCUCCAGGGAAUGGUUCUGCCACGUUGGCCAGUUUGUGGAGGAUGGCAAGGGAUCCCCGGAGGACCUGCUGUUUUUCUAUGAGCACCUACGGAAAGGAGGCGGAGUAUAUAGAGUGGAUAGGUGCCUCCUGUUGUACCGCUACCAUGAGCACGCCGCAACGCACUCUGUGUCCGAGGAGACAAUCUGGGGGCACCGGGUGCGGUUCCUUGAGGAGAGGGUCCUCGCUCAUUGGCCGUCCUUCACCAUCUGGAAUGCUGGGAAACAGGGGCGGAAAUUGUACCGGAGUUUGACAGAGCGGAAUCAGAAGAAGGUCGGGGCAUUUUGUGACGUUGAUGCCAAUAAAAUCUCCAAGGGAUGUUACACAUACGAGGAAUCAAAGGAGAGACCCAAACCCAAGAUCCCAGUUAUCCACUUCCAGGACGCAAAGCCGCCAUUUGUCGUGUGUGUCAAAUUGGACCUGACCGGGGGUGGGUUUGAGCAGAACCUGAAGUCUCUGGAUCUGAAGGAAGGAGAAGACUUUUAUCACUUCAACUGAGCAGAGAGAAAACACGGAAGGGGGGGCACAUCGGGGGCGAGUGGGCGGCCAUAGCGACUCAGUGAUGUGUGCCCUCCCUCACUGGCACGCACACUCACCUACAUAAGGAGGCGCUUUAACCCUGUCCCUGCCGGACAACUCAAGGUGCGCCUUCUCUGGCUGCCUGUGCUUACUCACAGUGACUGGCACAGGGGGGGGAGCCAUGGGUGACUGGCACUGGGGGGAGGGGCCAUGGCACAAAGUGGGCAGAGAACAGAAAUCAGCAGGAACCCGGUUACGUUUCUGGAUACGUUUAAUGUUCAUUGCAGUUUAUAUACAUUUGGUACACGGAACCUUCCGGCGAGGGAGGCGCUGUUCUGCCCCCCGGUCCUGCACUCCCCUUCCCCAGUACAGCAGCAGGUAUUUCAGGUGGCACAGAUGUCCCUGCUGGCAGACUGCCCCCUGCUGGCCGGGCCACAGCGCUGCACCCCCCGUCAGUCACUGGGUGGAACGUUCCCGUUGUUCUGCGCUCAGGAAGGAGAAACCUGGAAACGAGAAGGGGCUCAGUGUGUUACUGUGGGUUUGUAUUUAUACAAUAAAGGCCGGGAUGGAAUUCCUGGGUAA